AUGGCUGCGAUUACCGCUACUCCAGCUGUUGAUUUUAGUAACUGGUCUAAGUUACAACAUCUAAUCGGCCACUCAUUUGUCUGCUUACGUCGAUUAUUUAAAACUCGCUAUCUACAGUUUUUCAAUCAAGUAUGGGACGACACACCAACUAUUGGUAGUCAGUUUUAUUCCUCUGUCAUACGUUCAAGUCCAAACAAUUUCCAUUUCUUCCCUGUUCAAGUCACUUCAAUUAAAAACGGUAAUUCGGAAGACUGGGAUCUUACAAUAUUAACGGCACUUCUAUUGAACAUCAGUCGACCAAGAAAUUUGACUAUACCUGAGAAACAAAAAGUCGACAUGGAAGAUCAACUUCUUAAAGAUCUAAGGACUAUCCGUAAUGAAUUAGCACAUCAUGCUACUAGACGUAUCACGGAAAGUGAAUUUGCUCGAUUAUUGCAACGGUUAAAAACUAUUUUGAUCUGUUUCGGCGAAGACGACAGCGAACUGGAUAAACUAAAAGAUGAUAUUGAAUUUAAAUCGUCAAAAGAGAGUGUCGAUAGUGAAAGUGUUAAAGCAAUGAACAGUUUAAACGUUAUUGCGAACCGUUCUUUCAAAGAGAAAAACUACGCUGACGCUAUUAAAAACUUCACAAUGGCUACGACUCUACCGCACAUACCGGCUAAGGACCACGCUCUACUGUACUCUAAUAUAUCUAGUACCCGCUUAGCUUUGUAUGAACAAACUAAUUCGGCUUCUACUGCUGUUACAACUGCUGACGAUGAACGGUAUCGUGCAUUGAAAGAUGCUAAACAAGCACGUAAUCUAUGGCCAACAUGGUGA